GCCUCACUGGUUGCCUAGCGACCGAAACCGAGAGAAGCGGGCUCAUGGGCGAGUCUAUGUAAAUAACCAAACGGUCCAAAUCGGGCGCAAACUUCUGUGGUUCUGUAGCAGCUCCCAUUGGUACCGCCCAAGCAAAUCGGAGAUCAAAGAGAAACUCUGGAUAUUUAAUUAAGAAACCUGGGACUGUUGGCUGAGCUGUCAGUCUUUCACAAAGGAUCCUAAAAUAGUGGAUUCGGUGCAUCACUACGUAAGGUGGCGCAAGGUCCGGAGCAGAGUGACCUCCUUGUGAAGUUUGUGGCAGCCAGUGGGGUCGCUGUAGUGCCGCACACAGCGAGUCGCAUCGUAGCCCUCAUUGUGCACAGAUUUGAGUGCAAUCUCCGUCCCGUUACGCAAAGUUCCCUUGUGGACAAAUUUCGUGAAUCUGGAGCCCACAUACUGGAGGCCAGUUACAUAGGGUUAUGGCAUUGCCUGAGAUGUUGAGCACUUCCAUGUCUAUCAGCCUCCCUACAACCAUCUCUAGAGAAUCAGUGACAGAAAAGGAUUAUCUUUUGCAGAAUGCAUCGCAUAUUGGGAUUGAGAAGGGAGUUGUGGCAAUUCGUAUCCAACGAGCAUGGAGGUGCUACAAUAACAGAAAGCUUUUUAAACUUCUGAAACACACAGUCCGUGCUGCAGAAACAAGUGCAUCUUACAGUAUUUUGAGGAAAAUCAGUCCCUUGGAAGCAGAGUUGCUAAGAGAUCCUGGCAUGCAGUGUAAAGUUAGAUUCAGAUUUGCUGGGCAGGAGUUUCCACCUUUUAUUGUCUUUAAGAUCUUCCACCGCUCAGGUGCCUUUGGGAACCGAUACAUAUGUGGCAAGCGAAUUCUUCAUCCAUCCAGUGAGGCUGCAGCUGACGCCUGCAAGUUAAUGGGCCCCAGAGCAUAUUAUGAUCAAAUGAUUUACGAUGAACUGGAGUACCAGAAACAUAAAAUCACAGAUAUGGUGGACGUGGCUACUGUUAAAGACUAUGUUAAAUACAAAAGUCACCUUGACGAGACUCCAGCAUAUCUCGGAGGCCGUGAUAACUGCUGGAGAAGACUGUCGCUGAAAAAUAUGCCCAGGACGACAAUUAUGUGUGAUAUAGUGGAAUACGCAGAGUCUGGGGCCCUGUCAGAGAGACUGAAAGGAGAACUGAAAUUACUUUUGCAGGUGCCUGGUACUGAAGAUCUGCAAAUGCGGCAGCUUAGCGCUAUCACACAGUCCAGAUCUCCUGUCCCACCACCAUCACCAGUGUCUUCUUCCAACAAAACACCCCAGCGUCCAUCAUUUCUGUGGCACUCAGCACGACGUUCUCACAAGGCUCGACUGAAGGCAGUAAAAAUGAAGAGACUAUACAGCAUUAGAAAUGAAACCAAUGGAUCUUCGUCAGGAAUCAAACAGUGCAGAGGAUGCGGCAUUCACAGGAAACCAUGGACGACACUACAGAAGAAAACAGGCACCAGUUCUCAGAAAGAGUUGAUGCUGGGGAUGAAGUGCAUAUUUCAGACGAAGACUGGGAUGAAGAGGCAGAGAAACUUUAUAGAUGGAGCCAAGGACUGUCUCUGGACGAGAGUGUAAUGCCAUCACCUUUACUCCAUUAACUUUAUUUUAACUGCACAACAAGCUACUUAGUUUGAUUUCCUGGAGAACAGAUUGCUUCCCACUGGCAACAGUAUGAGAUGCAGAAAUAUUAUUUGCCCGUUGACAUCAAUGGUUGUUUAGGGGUCAGAGUUGUUUAAAGCGAUAUCUUCAAGACUAGAAGAAUAAAUGCUGUAUUUAUACAUGCA